AAAUUACAGAACAGAUGAAAUUAUAAGAAAAUUUGCACAGACUUUAAAGAUGGCUGAUUGUACAUGCCACGAGGAAGAUGUGCGGAGGAUGGGUUUGGGUGAACUCUGUGAUAAGCUGGAAGAGAUGGGUGUGGACUAUUCCUCACUGGAAGAUAUUGAGGAAAUUCGGGAUCUUGUUCUUAAAUCCAUUAAUGAAAGAAGUUUGCCAAACCCUGAAAGGAGGAACUCACAGGUGUCGAGUGAGGUUAUGGGAGAAAUUUUGGAGCGAGAUGCUAAAAUGAGAAAGAUAGUUGCAGAUCUAUACAGCUCUUUGUUGGACAUGCUAAAAAUGCAAAAUUUUGAGAAGAAUCUGGGUACAGAGAUGACAAAGGAAUAUAAUGGUUAUAUCAGCACAAUAGAGAUCUACAGACAACAGCUGGAGAGACGCCAUUGUCCUAUAGUUGUAGCCGGAGAAACAGGGGCUGGAAAAUCGUCCCUGUUAAAUCUCAUAAUGGGAGAACAUGUCCUUCCACGCCAGGUCCUAAGUUCAACCUCAACCAUUUGUCAAAUAUUCAACAGCGACACCAAGCGAGCGGAAGUGAUAAAAACAAAUGACGAGAAAAUUGUUCUUAAAGAUGUCACAGAAGCUAAACUUUCCAAAUAUGUCAGUGUUGACCGGUCAGGAGAAUCAAUGGAGAAAUACAAACGAGUAGAUAUUUACUGGCCCCUACCUAUGCUGCAGGAGCACGCAACAAUUGUUGACACUCCUGGAAUAGGAGAAAGUGAGGAAAUGACGGAAGUUCUUCUGAACUUUUUGACGGAAGCUGUUGCUUUUAUCUACGUCAUCAAUACGACCAACGCUGGAGGGGUUCAAGACGAUAGACUCGUAAGAAUAUUUCAACAACAAAAAGAAUUCGAAAAGAAAGGACGCUUACUGCAAUUUGAUCCUGACUGUGCAAUCUUUGUCUGUAACAAAUGGGACCAAGUUCCAAACGAGGAAGGGGACAGGGUAUGGGAAGACAUUGCAAGAAAGCUGAAGAACCAUUGGCCAACCAGGCGUGACAUGGACAUUACAAAGCAGAUGUUUAAAAUGUCCACAACAGAGGAUCUCAGAAGAGCUGAUGCUGGUCUUGGUUACACAGAUAAAUUUAAGUGUCUUCUUUCUGGUAUUGAUCGUCUAGUUGGUGCCAGUUUGGAGCGAAGAGUGAGGAGACAUGUAGACUGGCUGCAGGCUUUUCUGGACAGGCUUCUUGUGAAAGUUGUAGCCAGGAUAAAUGCCACAAGGAAGAAUCAAGAAGAGAGAGAACUGAUGAAAAGAGAAGUGGAAAAGAGACUGAAGACAUUAAAAGAUGAGACAGAGGAUGUUAAAGUAAGAAUGGAAUUAGCAGCAGAGGUGAAAUGCAAACACAUUGCAGAACAAUUAACUGGACACCUUAAUAAUCCGGAAACCCAGAACCGGAUGUUUAAAUGGCAUACAGAUGACCUGCCUGAUGACAGUGAUUUAGAUCUUAUAAAAUAUAAAUCGAAACAAAUUAUACAAGAUAAAAUCAACAAUGAAAUCGUCCAGUGGUGUCAGGAAAAUGACAUCGAGGGAACAUCCUCACAUCUUUUUGAUUUGUUUAUCAAAGAAUGUAAAAUGAUAAAAGGGAACUACACAGAGAUAGACCAAAUCAUUCAAGGAAUCAAACCACCAAUUGCUGAUGGGAAUGUUCCCCAGGCAGUGGAGACUUCCUCUGAUUUUGAUGUAUCCAAGACCAGGUCCAUAUUUCCUUUACAAGAACGCAUUGCUCUUGUUGCUUUUGCCCCUCUAUGGCUUCCAUUGGUAAUUGGUGCAAGUGUUUUGGCACUUCCGGUUGCUAUUGGGAUGCUUAUCAAAGACGUUGUGGAAGAAAGACAGAAAAUAAAGCAUUACAGAGAAAACAAAGUAUCACACAUUUUAAAAUGGGCAGAGGAAGAACUGAAAUGUUACAGUACUGAAUUAGUUUUCAGUGGUCUACAGCAGACGUAUUUAAGAGAGUUUAUGUCCAGCAUAAAACUUGUCUGUGAAAACAUAAUACCCAAACAAAUUGAGGCUGAUGAAGAACUAAUAGAAAAUAUAGUGAAAGAAAACAGGGAUUCACAGACUAUUAGACAAGAAUACACACCGAUUGAACAAAAAUGCAAAGAAAUAGUUGGAGAACUUCUUUGUUUUAAAUUGCAACAUCUUUCAGAGUGCCAACCACGCAUUUUAAAAGAACUAGAACAGGUUGGAAGAGGAGCAUACUCGACGGUUGUGUCCUGUGAAGUAGAGAUCAGACAAAAACAGGAACGUUGCGCAGUGAAGAAAAUGACAUCACCAUUAAAUUCAGAGAACAUUUAUCUUCAUCUUACAGAGGCAGCAAAUCUUAGGGAAUUUGAACAUGAGAAUAUUGUUCAUUGCUUUGGGAUCACCAUUGAAACAGAUCGCCAAGAGAGAAAAUACCUACAUGUAUUCAUGGAACUGUGUGAAUGCUCAUUAGAAGAACUUGUUUUGUGCUACAGCCAUGCAAUGAUACUGUGUGAUUGUAACAAACAGCGAAAGAAAACGUGUCACUUAUUUAAAGAAACUGAGAGAAGCAGCCAGGAAUUUCUUGAUGAGUGGGCAUUUUUUCUGAGAAUGUUGAUAGGCAUAUUAAAUGGGCUGGUUUAUCUACAUGACAAGGAUUUUGUUCACAGAGAUUUAAAAUUGUCAAACGUAUUGGUCAAGGACAAUACAGCUAAAAUUGCAGACGUAGGUUUGUCUAAACCAGAAAAUCUUCUGACUGGAACAAUCAUAGGAACUCCUGUUACCAUGGCACCAGAAGUGUUUGAAGGACAGAUAUAUAAUACAUCUGCAGAUAUUUUUGGCGUCGGUAUUAUGGUUUGGGAAAUGUGGUAUGGUAGAAAGGUUUUUAGUGAGGAUUUUUAUCGUGACGUCAUAAAGAAUUAUCAGUCUGUAAAGGAACACGUUAUAGGAGGUGAACGGCCUAAGCUCGACCAAAAGUACGCACCACCUUUGAGAAUACAGACAUUUAUACGUGAUUGCUGGGUUGCAGAGGCAGACAAGAGACCGACAGCACGAAAUCUUUUGUCCAGACUAGGAAACAUUGGGGACAGUAUAUGUUAAUUUUGUAGAACAGUACA